AUGGAUCCCUUUGGCAGACUUCCCUGGUUUGCUCUACACAAUAUCCUGUCCGCUCUUCCAGAUCUCCCCACACUUCACAGCCUUCACAAUGCAUCCCCCGAUGUUGCAGCAUUCCUCCAAGGAAACAAUGACCUCUUCGCCCAUAUUGUGGACUCUAUCAUGGAGAGUACAGCCCGUGAACGGGGUCUGCCACCCAUUGUUCAGCGUGCCGUCCGCUACCUAGUGACCAUCUGGACCGCGCAGUCAAAAAGAGAAAGACAACAACAAGACUCCGACCAGAAUAUCCUCAACAGCCUACGGUACCUCGCAGAGAAGUAUUCUAACCACCCCACACCCAUUCCGACAACAAUAUCCCCAUCUACACCAGCGGCUAUUCUUUGCCGGCUCCUCGCGUUAAUGACCCGGCUCCGCUGCCUCGUGCACGCUUCAUUCCACGAUAUGGUCUCAAAGGCUCUCCAGCUGAAAAUUGAACACCUGCCCAGGAAGGCUGCGUACAUCAAUACACGUGGGGUGGGACCUGCUCAUCGCCCGCAGGGCGUCCCCCAUACGCCUGUUGACGUUGGUCCGCUAAUGUGGAUUGAGGAGCAGCGCCUUUUGGGGAGUUUUCUGUGGAUUGUCAUAUUCUACGAACUGCGGAGGAUAUACGGUGACUUCACCGUGCCGCCCGUGCGGGGAGAAACAGUGUAUAUUUCGUCGCUCGACACUGCAGAAACAUUCUGGAAGAAAAUCCUCUGUGGCGACAAUAAUACCCAGCGAGAGCAGAUCGCAACGACACUGCAGUGGCUUGAUAUUAAAUGCGGUGGGCGCGAAAAUAUCUCCUCCUUGCUAUCAUCCAGCCCACUUCCACUCCCAAAUACAUAUCAGCAUCGCUAUCCCGAAUCCACGACCCUCUCCGACAAGGAAUGGGAAACAGAGGAAGAAUGGAUAUCCAACGCAUUCUCUACACACGGCGCACUCUGUCUAUGGGAAGCGCGUGUUUCACCUAUCUCGCCGCUACGGUGCGUGGAUUACGCUGUUUUCCGGCCGUACGGGUUGAUAUUCUGGAGUGUGCGAAGAAUGGACGGGUUGGGGUUUCGGGAGGCCUUUGAUGCCGGGCACCACAUGUGGUUUGCCUUGUCGUUUGUUCUCAAUCAGGAGGAUUGGGAUGAGGUUGUUAAGUGGCAGGCGGAGAGGGGGUUUGAUCCGCGUGCUGUGUGA